AUGCCUCGCAGCAACCGCUGGCGCAACAUUGAUCGCCUCCUUGGCUUCAAUAGACAUGGCAGCCACUCUGGCCGUCACUGGCUUCACGAAGAAGAGCGUGCUCUUCUUCCCCAUAUUCGCAAUGAGGAAAUAGACUCUGCCAUUGUCCCGGCCGAAGUUACAAAAGUAUGCCUUCGGCUAAGGCACCUGGUCCAAGAGUGCGUGCCGUGCGAGAUGGAAGAAAGUCGAAUCACAGAAGCACACAGCCGCAUCAUCACGCCACACGUGGUUCGGGCUGCCAAGGAAGCAGGCGGUCAAGAGAACAAGGGUUGUGUGGUCUACUCUUUGCUCGUCAAUCAACGCUGGUUCACGCAUGAAGCCAAUGUCGAGCUCUGGGAUGCCAGUCUGCACAAUCUCCGAGCAGAAGCGUGCGGCGUCAUAGCAAAGGCUCUUAUCGAGGAAGAAGAGGACACUGCGUACCUCCUACACUCCGUGCUAUUGCGUCGAUACUCGUAUAUUGCAAACGGCCUUCCAACUCCUCCCGUCAAUGUAAUUGAAAAGGCCGUUGACUUGCACGCCGUUCGAGUCAUUGGAUCUUCAGGAUACCAGAAAUGCAUCAGCUAUCUAUGGCGUGGUUGGCUAGUCCAAGACGAGAACGAUCCGUCCGUCUUCGUGGAUUAUGAUAAGAAGGAUAAUACUAGAUUCUUUGUUCAUAUGGACCCGGACCGGAUGCGCAGCCCCAGAAACCAAAAUCUUGCCCAGAUUUUGUUCUCGCUCAUCUAUCUUGCCCUCUUUACAAUUGCCAUCAAUACCGUCAACGCUAGUGGCGUCAUCGAUAUCGCUGAAGCAGCCUUGUACGCUUUUACGCUUGGCUAUGUCUGCGACGAACUGCUCAAGGUUUACAAAGCCGGACCUCAGAUUCUGGGGUUCUGGAAUGCGUUCAAUGCUAUUUUAUAUGCGUUUUUGACGGCUUCUUUUAUAUUCCGCAUCAUUGGCUUGACCUUUGCAACUCACACGGAUGGUCGGAUGUACUACAGCACCCUGGGAUACAAUAUUCUGGCCUUUACGGCCCCCAUGUUUUGGUGCCGCCUCUUGCUCUACCUGGACAGCUUCAGGUUCUUUGGCGCAAUGCUCGUGGUUCUCAAAGUCAUGAUGAAGGAGUCUGUGAUAUUUUUCGCUCUUCUCAUCGUCAUAAUUAUCGGCUUCUUGCAGGCUUUCAUCGGCCUUGAUCUUACCGACGACAAUGUGGCUGAUGAUGUAGUGUUCAUCAUUGAGUCUAUGAUGAGAGCUAUUCUUGGCAGCCCAGAGUUUGAUGGCUUCGAUAGCUUCGGGCCACCUUGGGGUGCUAUUCUGUACUAUUGUUUUACAUUCAUCGUCAUGGUCAUUCUUCUCAAUAUCCUCAUUGCACUCUACAACUCUGCUUAUGAGGAUAUCUAUGACAACGCGGAUGAUGAAUAUCUGGCCCUCUUCGCUCAAAAGACAAUGCAAUUUGUUCGGGCCCCAGAUGAAAAUGUCUAUAUUGCUCCAUUCAACUUGAUAGAGAUUGUAAUCUCGGCUCUAUUUGAAUGGUGGAUGAGCAAGAAGCUCUACGAAUUUGUCAAUGAUUGCGUCAUGGGCUUUUUGUAUUCUCCACUUCUCUUGAUCACAGCCUUCUUCGAGACUCGUACUGCGUACGCUAUCCGCCGCAAUCGGGCUCGUGGAGAAGAAGAUGAUGAUAUCAUUGAGGAGUGGGAGCAGUUGGCACACGAAGUUGACUUUGGAGACGAAGGCUGGGCCAAGAAGUGCGAGGCUGUCAAACCCAACUUGGAGGUGGACCCAGCUGUUCUUGAGAUUAAGAAGCUCCGAGGUGAGAUCGCCCAGCUAAGGUCUAUGCUGUCUGAUAUUAGUGAUCAUGUCCAAUAUCCGACCAGCCAGGAUACCAAAAUUGGAGAUGGCAGCACCCACGAUGAAUUCAAAACCUCCUACUUUGAAUCUACACAUGAGGAAAGCGACCCUGCUGGUAAAACUGCAAAGGAUGCGGGACAUGAGCAUGCAAGCACAUCGGGUGAUACAAGAGAGGAACCAGGCCAGAGCAGCUCCGGACAGUUGAUUGAAACUACUGAAGAAUCUGCAAAGCCAGUCAAGCCGUCUGAAGAAUUGGCUCAGCUAACCGAGGAACCUACGCAUCCUUUUACACACUCAUCCGAGGCUGAACCGGAGGUUGAACCGGAGGCUGAAGAAGAGACUCAAGAUGCACCAGCCACCAAUGAAUCCACAGCCCCCGAGGAUGCCCCUUUCAAGUCAUCAGAAGACAUCGCCUUUGAUUCCUCUGAGGAUGUUCCGUUCAAGACGCCUGACGAUAUACCACCUGAAGCCCCUGAAGCGAUGCCCUUCCAAGCUCCAGAAGGUGCUCCCCUUGAGACUCCCGAGUACGUUCCAUUCAUGGCUCCUGAGGAUUUGCCAACAGAAACUCUUGAAGGCGCAUCCUCCAAGGCUCCUGGAGUUGAAGCCCCCAAGGCUCCUGAAGCUGUAUCGUCCAAGGCUCCCGAAGAUGAACCGUCCGAUGCUCCUGAAGAUGUGACGCCUAAGCCCAGUGAAGGGCAAGAUCCAUUCGAGGCGCCUGAAGAUACAUCAUCCAAGGCUCCUGAAGCCGCAACACCGGAACCUCUUGCACGCGCUGACACUGAAGAGCCUGAAGCCGAAGAUGCUAGUCCUGACAGUCCUGGUGGAGCUGCAGCUGAGGGUGGACAGCCUUCUCAAGGGGGGAAGAAGAGAAGACGGAGAAAGAAGAACAAGGGAGCACAAGGUGGCCCAAGCGGUGGUAGCUAA